AUGCAUGGAUUUCACGUUCGAACUUUGCUGACAAUAAAAGUGUUCCAGGAUGAUCCCGUUCCCAACAAUCUGGACAAUUGGGGGAUAACACUGCUGUCACAGUUGAUGCGAGAACUCAAUGAAGGCUCAAUCAACCAUAUGCUCGACGUGGCUAAAUUCCUCCUACUCUGGCAGCGUUCUGAGGAGAAGUUCACCCGUACUGCUAUCGAGCAAGCCAUCACCAAAUGCGUCGACGAAGUAUGCCUGAACAUUCAAGAGUACAUUCAGGACAAACUCCGUCUUCCUGAUUAUCCAGAUCAUACCACGAGUGGCACUGCUAUCUACAAUUUCGUCCGACAUGGCAUGCCUAUUGUCCAACUACAUGUUACUGAUUACCGCUUAUAUUCCAACCUUGCGAAUAUCGUCUCGUACACGUCCCCGCUCAUAGACACAGAGUACAUUCCCGGGGAGAACGUGGUCGAUCACGUAGCGAGCCGCAAUUUCGAGCUCUAUGAGGAUGAAGAUUGGUUCACGCGAGAACUGCGUUUGCAGGGCGACCUUGAAGAUGUGCUGCACGGUCCAGAGCAUACCACGAAGGAUGAGCUGAGCGAUCCCCUAGCAGCAUCCGACCCAUCGCCACCUCCGUGUGACAUUUGCGGUGACACAAACACCACAACGCCUAGACUCGCAGCAUGCGUGCAGAUACAAGUGUCCGUUUUGUCGUGCCAAUUUCUUCUCUUCAGAAUGAGUUUAUCGCCGGUACAGUCUGUACUGGCGAUGACCUCUCAGCGUAGCAUCCAAUAG